AGGCGUUAUUAGCGAGAGAGGGCGGGACAUUCAGUGUUUACUGGCCUAAACACAUCAUUGAAAGUAAGUGACCGGAAAUUACGUUGCGGUAGACCGGGAUAACCCUACUUUUCAGGAUCGCCUCUCCUCCUACUCUGCCUGUAAAUAAUGAGACUGGACGCUUAGCUUAGCCAGCAUUUGCUCGCUAGCCUGCAAGGCUGUGCGUAUUUUUUUUAUUAUUAACAAUGUUUUUUUUUACUUUAUAAAACACGACACUUGAUGCGGAUCACAGAGACAUAACUGGAAGGUGGGACUCUCAAGGCGAGGAUCCAUGGCAAAGUGGCUUAAAGACUAUCUCAACUUAGGCAGCAGUAGGCGUGACCCACCACAGCCCCCAAGGCCCGACUACACAGAGAGUGAGAUCCUGAGGGCAUACAGAGCUCAGAAAGAGUUGGACUUUGAAGACCCCUACCAGCCCUCUGAUAAGCAGCUCCAGAAUGGUGGCUAUAAAGGCUGUAGUACAACCUUGAGCCUCCCAUCGUUCCCUGCAUUUGGAUCUGUUCUACCGAAUGGAGUGGAGGUCAAAGUGGUUUCUCCCAAACACAGACUCAUCAAAGUGGACUCUCAGGAGUUUGGGCGCUGUGCUAACCCACUGAGCCCAGUCAUCGUCCACGAGGAACCGGUCGUUCCGUCUGCCCCAGCCGCAGGCGACCAGGACACAGACUACUCAGACCCCUUUGAUGCCCGCCCGGACCCCCGAACACGGACAGACUGGGAGCCCAGCACGGCCCCCGACAGCCGCAGCUACAUGGAGCCAUUCCAGGCCCAGAGGAUCAUCUCAGAGCUCCAACUCAGCGCGAUGAGCGGCGACGGAGACCAGCUGUACGAUAACCCGUACGAGGAGAGGGAGCGGCCCUACCCCCACCACCACCACCAGCCCCCCGGCCCCCAGGGCCUGCUGGCCCUACCCCAGGCAGAGGGCAGGGAGAGCCGGCUGCCGCAGGACGACGAGCGACCCGCCGACGAGUACGACCAGCCCUGGGAGUGGAAGAAGGACCACAUCUCUAAGGCCCUGGCCGUUCAGUUCGAGGGGGCAGAGCGGGAGCGUUCCCGGGGGCACCCUGAGCAGGCCCGGCCCCCCAGGGUCAGCCCCACCGCCGCGCCGGGGGGGUCCGCCACGCUGCGCAUGGUGGGGGACACCCCGCCCCUCCUGGGGGAGAGAGUGGACCCGGCGAUGCCGCUGGAGAGACAGGUGUGGUACCACGGAGCGCUGGGCCGCGGCGAGGCGGAGGGGCUGCUGACGCUGUGUAAGGAGAGCUCCUACCUGGUGAGGAAGAGCCAGAGCAGCCGCACAGACUUCUCCCUGUCCCUGAGGAGCUGUAAGGGCUUCAUGCACAUGAAGUUCAGCCUGUCCCCAGACGGCCGCUACGUCCUGGGGGAGAACAGCCCGCCCUUCUCCACCGUCCCCGAGGUCAUCCACCACUACACCACCCACAAGCUGCCCAUCAGAGGGGCCGAACACAUGUCCCUGCUGUACCCCGUCAUCGUGCAGACCCUCUGACGCACACUCACACUCACACUCCCUCACACACCUGUUGCUCCUGAAUAUGGCUUGCUUAACACUGAUCCCUGGUCAUCUUCAACCUCGAUCGCUCCUCUUCCUCUUCCCUGCGAACAGUGGCAUCUAAACUAGUUGGCUAGACUAGUGCCCUUCUAAACUAGUUGGUUUGACUAGUGCCCUUCUAAACUAGUUGGCUCGACUAGUGCCCUUCUAAACUAGUUGGCUAGACUAGUGCCCUUCUAAACUAGUUGGCUCGACUAGUGCCCUUCUAAACUAGUUGGCUAGACUAGUGCCCUUCUAAACUAGUUGGUUCGACUAGUGCCCUUCUAAACUAGUUGGCUCGACUAGUGCCCUUCUAAACUAGUUGGCUAGACUAGUGCCCUUCUAAACUAGUUGGCUAGACUAGUGCCCUUCUAAACUAGUUGGCUAGACUAGUGCCCUUCUAAACUAGUUGGCUAGACUAGUGCCCAUCUAACCUAGUUGAUGAGAUUAGUGCCCUUCUAAACUAGUUUACGAGACUAGUGCCCAUCUAAACUAGUUUGCCAGAGGAUUGCCAUUGUAAACUAGUUGACUAGAUUAUUACUCAUUGAAACUAGUUAACUCGACCAGGCAUCUAAAAUAGUUUACUAAAGUAACCCUUCCAUCCUAACUACACUACCCUAGUUAAUUGACCAGUACCCAUCUUACCUUGUUAAACACUACUACCUAUCUUCAUUAAUAAAACACUAGUACCAAUUUCAACGAGUUAAAAAACUGAACAGUAAUGUAACUCUGAACUAACAUAACUAGUUAAGCGCUAGUCUUAACUAGUUGGUUUGACCAAUAGUCUUACCAUCUUGACUUUAGUGUAAAUUGAACCUAACUAUAGCAAACAUCUUAACCAGUUAACUUGACUAGUACCCCUUACCAGCCUAACUUGUUAACUUCCAUCUUAACUAGGUAACCAGACCGCCCGCUCCUGCCUUGUAUAUGGUGUGCACUGAGCCUGCCACAGUCUCUGCCUUUUUAAGUCUUUUUUUCAUUCUUUUUUUAUUUGAACAUGAUAUUUAUUUCUCCCCCUGUGGCGCUGGUGGGACUCGCGUCUGUUUGAAACUGUUACGGGGUCAGCAGGGGAUUAUGGUACUUUGAGUUUUAGCUGGUGUGGAAGUUAGGAUAGCAAGUCAUCUUCCUUGACAUGGAUGCCUAUGGAUGGCCUUGUUGUGUCAAUGUUCUCCCGUUUCAAAGGGGCCUGUAUGAGCAGGUGAAAUGAGUUGGCUUAGCACAAUGACAACACUAGUUUAGAGAAUGACUGCAGUAUUAUUCUAUUACAAGCUUGUUGCUUCAUGACUGUUAGUUUUGGCUACUGAAGCUUUGCUUGUUUCUCUGAUGUUGUUUUCAAACGAUGUGUUCAUUGACUGAUAAUAAAUUGUUGUUUUUAAAUAUA